CACACGUAACCAAGUUAUCUCACACGUUCUGCCGUCAAUUGUGAUGUGAGAUGUGUCGGAAAGUUUUUGCGUUUUAAUUUUCAAAACACAGCUGUGAAAACAACUACUUAUAGAUAAUAUUAAUAUCUGAUACACCAGACGGUUGUAUCAAUUCACCAUGUAUCUGUAAUAAGCGUGCGAAAUGAAUUAAUUUUGGUGCGUUGUGCAGGCGCCUUUAAAUGCUUCUGGAAAGUUCGACACAAAGUUUCGAAAGUGCGGUUAACGAGAUAUGGCUAAAUCUGGAAUGUCGGAUACUGAGUCGGAAGGCAAUACCAAUGCGCAAUCCGCCAAAAUUCCACCAAAUAGUCUAGCAGCCACGAAUCAAAAUGUUCCAACUGAUUCACCAAAUGAAGGUGCCACCAACACCAUUGACAAUCCUAUCAUUCAAACCUCAAUGCCCAUAUCUAUUGUCAUCCAAUCUUUGGUUCAAAAUCUCUGCUUCAAUUAUGAGCAUGAUGACAAGAAAGCACAGUCUACCUACUUAAAGAUCUGUGACAUGCUGUAUAGAAUGAUGGUCAUUGAUGAUAGCUACCUGAUGAAGGAGUUUGAAGGCAUAAGGAAUCAGUGCCAGAGAGCCUUCCAUAGCUUAUUGACUUCUUCCCCAAGGAGUGAUACUCAAACUGCCCUCACGCCUAUGUGGUCUAAUGAUGUCAGGAAUGAGUGGUCACACUACAAGCGGGAAUUUGAAGAAUUGGCAUUUAUUGCUGGUGGUGGCUUUGGCAAAGUCUACAGGGUGAGGCAUAAGUUAGAUGACACUGAAUAUGCAGUCAAAAAAAUCUUCAUCAGAUCCAACAGCAUUGACUCUGUUAGAAAUUACCUUGCUGAGGUAAAAACCUUUGCAAGUUUGAAUCAUUCCAAUAUUGUGCAGUACAAAGCAGCAUGGUUGGAAUUGGGUGCCAGCACUAGUGACACUCAUCACAGUCAUAAGGAAGAUUCUAGUGAUGAUGAACUUGAUGAAGAGAGUUUGAUUUCAACUGAUACAAAGUACAAAGAUGAAACCGAGUCGUCGCUUUUUACUGACAACAAGCGCGAUUUAGACCUGGAUUACCAACAAGAAGAUUCCUCCGAUUUUGUUAUUAGUUUCGAAUAUUCUAGGCAUUACUCAUUGACCAAUUCUACUAAGCGCGAAAAACGCAAAGAAAGGCGCGUUAAAAGAAAUUCUACGUCAGAAGGGGGUAAUGCUAUUUGCAAUAUUGAAGAGAUUAAGAGAUUACAAGCCAAGCACCACCAUCCAAAAUGGGCGACACUGUUCAUUCAAAUGAGUUUAUGCCAUUCGACGUUGAAGCAAUGGUUGGAAAAUCGUAACAGUUUGGAAUCGUCCAGUCCGAAUGCUCUGGUGCCAAUAAAUAAUACAAGAAGAUAUCAAACAGUCAUUGAAAUUUUAAAACAACUUCUAAAGGGAUUAGAGUACAUUCAUUCAAAAGACAUUGUUCAUCAUGAUGUAAAGCCUAGCAACAUAUUCAUGCAAUUUGAAAACAAGAGGCUACUAGUUCAACUAGGUGAUUUCGGCCUAGCUUGCCCACUGCAAUCAAGUCAACAUUCCUUGGCAUGCGGUACAAGACUGUAUGCAGCACCAGAGCAACUCGCAGGAAAAUGUAAUAUCAAAAGUGAUAUGUAUUCUUUGGGUAUUGUGGUUUUCGAACUCACUGAAUCCUUUUCGACCGACAUGGAACGCAUUACCAACAUAACAAGUCUUCGCAAAGGCGAUUUACCGGAAUGCACCAUUAAACAACAACCCCAAUUGGCGCAAAUCAUCUCACAGUUAGUCAUUCGUCAAUCAUCAGCUCGUCCGGACGCCAGUACUUUGCUGAAGCAUAUCGAUGACGAGCAACAUCUCGAAUCGCCAAUGGUUCAUCAACUACAAACAAAAUGUGAGGAACAACAGCACACGAUUGCCGAGAAGGACGAAGAGAUUUUACGACUCAAAGAGGAGAUCUUAAGAUUGAAGCAGAAGGACAACGACUACUCAGAAAAGAACGCGUAGCUGUGCUGCAUAUUUUUAAAAUUUAAUUUUGUACUCAUGAUUACGUCACCGUUGUCUAUCUUUGGAACACGUUUUGUUAUUGGACUGGAUGCCUAAUCAAUGUAUAAGCGAAGCAGUUGCACUUGUUUACGCUCGGAAUGAAUCUAAUGUAAUACAUUUCCCGAGGUAUGGA